AUGACAAUUACCAAAUCACCACCGUUAGGGAAAGCCAUUCCCGAAAGAGGCCAUGCCAUAUCGGUCCAUCUGCCUACAUGGCAAGAUAUGUGUGGUAUGGGACAAGGAGAACCCAGAGUGAUGAAAGCUCUACAAAAUGGAUAUCCCAGGUCUUUCUUUCAUAAAGAUGUUCGACCAUGCAAAUCUUUUAUUUCAUCUUCUUCCCUAAUCAGGGAAGAAGCAGUAUCAUCAAAAUCAAUCUCAAUCUUCGCCAUUGAAUGCGGCGGAUCUCAACCGACGGCCUUUUACGCCAAGAAUCACACCCGGGCAUCUACAAACCUCUGGGCCGUGGUUUACCCAGAGCAGGCAGCCAAAUUAGGUGCUACAUUUUGGCGUCUGACAGGGACAGGAAUAUCGUCUCGCCUUGCCGAGCAUUGUCUCCAGGAUAUCGAGUCCAUACGGCGAACCCAACGGCCAGAAAGACGCUUCUACUCCGCGGUUCCCAUCGUGCCUCCGGUAUAUCAAACAAUCUGUAAUCGAAUUGCAUAUUUGCUUGAGCGUGCUCCGGCACAGUCGCAUCAAGCCUUGGCCGUGGAGGACUCCGAUGUCUUCCUUUACCCAUCCGGCAUGUCUGCCAUCUUCCAUGUACACCAGAUGCUGCUGAGUUGGAGAGGGCUCGAGACUGUGAUCAUCGGGUUUCCAUAUGAGCUGACUAUCAAGAUGAUGGAGUCGUACGGUCCGUCCUUCAAAUUCUACAGUUUCGGAACAGAUGAGCAGGUCGACGAGUUCGAAGAAUACCUGAAGGGCAAGGCACGCGUGGGCACUAUGAUCCAGGCGGUCUGGUGCGAAUGCCCAUCAAAUCCCUUGCUGCAUACAGUAGACCUGGAGAGGAUCAGACGACUGGCGGACGAGUAUGGAUUUGUGGUUGUUGUCGAUGACACUAUCGGCAGCUUCGCUAACGUCGAUGUUUUGAGCGUUGCGGACAUCGUUGUGACUUCAUUAACAAAGUCCUUCAACGGAUACGCUGACUUAUUGGCCGGAAGUGCUACGAUCAAUCCAAAUUCUCAUUAUUAUGCCGCACUAAAGACCUCUCUGAUCGAUAGCUACUCCAACAAUCUAUAUAUCGACGACGCAAUCCAACUUGAACACAACAGCCGCAACUUCCUCAAACGCGCCUCACAGAUGAAUAUAACGGCCGAAAAUCUUGUCGACUAUAUUCACCCCCUCGUUUCCGAUCCCGCAAGCGUCGUCAGUGACGUUUAUUAUCCGAAAGUCUGCAGAUCUGCCAGCAAAUACGAAUCACGAAUGCGCCAGCAAACAGACGACUUCACGCCCGGCUAUGGCUGUCUGUUGACGAUUGAUUUCGAGACAGUGGAUGCUUCAAUAGCUUUCUUUGACAAUCUGAACGUCCAGAAAGGCCCGUCGCUGGGCGCGAACAUCACGCUGGCGCAGCCGUAUGUCCAGAUGGUUCUGCAGAAAGAAAAGAAGUGGGCAACCAGCCAUGGUCUGAGGGAGACAAUUGUCAGGAUAUCGGCUGGACUCGAAGACAAGGAAAUUGUACUGGAGAGUGUGAAAUAUGCACUUAUGAUGGCAGAACAGACGAGCAUAGGUUGCGCUAUUUGA